ACGGUAAUUAAUUAUAAAAAGAUAAUUAAAUAUUAUUGUUAGACACAAUCUCCCACUAUAUUUGUAUAUAUAUAGAUUUAGUUUGAGCUUUCUUUCUCUCUUCUUUUCCCUACUUUCAAAAACAUCCAAACACUACCUAAGAGAAAAAAAAAUUGAUUGAAAAAAACAGGGUUUUUUUAAUAAAAAAAAAUAAGUGAAGAACACACACUUUAAUGGAAAUGGUCUAUUAUCAACUAGGAAGGUCAUCAUACCAAGAUUUACUCAAGGAGCUAGAAGCUGAUAUACAACAUGCCAAUGCUUUGGUAGCAGAAAUUCCAAAACCAAAAAAUGGUGUUUGCCUUCACAUGAAGUUGGAGUACAAUCAAUUGUCUCCUUUGAUUUUCCUUUUGCUACAAUGGCUUGAUAGUUCUUGUUCUUGCCUUUUCCCACUUUACUUCAAUCUAUUCAACAUUCUAAUCUAUGAGGUUUAUCCAGAUGGAAGAACCCACAUGCCUACACAAGGAAGCAAGGCAACAGUUAGGGAAUUUUAUGCUAUUAUACUUCCAUCCCUUACACGGCUUCAUAAUGAUUUGGUGGAGAGAGAAAGUGCUACGAAUUUGACCAAGAAAAGCGAAAAGAAGGAGGUUUUAGUAGGGCAUGGUAGGCUUCAAAACGCCAUUGAUCAAGAAAGAGAGGAUGAAUGUGGGAUAUGUUUGGUGCCAACUACUAAAAUGGUCUUGCCUGGUUGCUGUCAUGCAAUGUGCAUCAACUGUUACCGAAACUGGAAUACAAGGUCUGCAUCAUGCCCAUUUUGCAGAGGAGGGUUGAAAAGAGUGAAAUCAGAGGAUUUAUGGGUUCUGACAAGUGAAUCUGAAGUGAUAGAUGCAGAGACAGUUUCAACUGAGGAACUGUCAAGAUUUUAUCUGUAUAUUCAAAGUUUGCCCAAGGAUAAAACAGAUGCUCCUUUCUGGGUAUAUAACUACUUAAUAUGAUUAAUGAUAAUGUUUUUAAUUAAAUACAGGUCUUGAAGAAGAGCUUAGUCAUGUAAGUCACACUAGUCUUUAGCUUUCUGUACUUCUGUCGUAUGUAGUCGAAAGAAGUAGUCAGAAAUCAGUACAGAAUAAGGCAAACUUAAUCUGACAACUUGUAAUUAUAAUCUCUGCUUAACUAUUGUAAUUAAGGUUUCU